GAUUUGGAAAAGGGAAAGGAAAAAUAUAUUUUCCUUAAUGCCGUCAGUCCCAUAAAUGGUAGCAUAUCAUCGUGGUCAUCAUCGUCUUUCCUCUCCUGCAAUGUAAAAAUUCUUCCAUUCCUUUUAAUUAAGAAACAAGAAGAAGAGAAAGCAGCAGCAGCAAAACAGCCGGAGCUGAGUUGGACAAUGCUCCGGUGCGGGGGCGCGGUGUGUUCUUUCCUUGUCCUCGUCCUCUCGCCGGUCCUACUCGCGAUGCGCUCAACCCCGCAGUAUAGUCGUGGCCAGGCCCGUAAUGGUUACCCGGUGCUGCGGUUUGCCGAAGCGCCUGACUACCGCAAUGGGGCAAAGUGCCCAGAAUCGGCUGCUAACAUCGGGAUGCCGUCCGUGUGCGACCCUUCACUUAUCCACCUGGCGAUGACGCUGGACUCGGAGUACCUCCGGGGCACGAUCGCAGCGGUCCACUCCGUCCUCCGGCACUCAUCCUGCCCGGAAAGCGUGUUCUUCCACUUCGUGGCGGCAGAGUUUGACCCGGCCAUGAGCCCGAGGGCACUCGCCAAGGUGGUCAGGUCCACGUUCCCGUCACUCAGGUUCAAGGUGCACGUGUUCAGGGAGGAGGCUGUGAUCAGCCUCAUCUCAGGCUCAGUCCGACAGGCCCUGGAGAACCCGCUCAACUACGCGAGAAACUACCUGGGCAGCCUGCUGGACCCGUGCGUGUCCAGGGUCAUAUACCUCGACUCGGACCUUGUGCUGGUGGAUGACGUGAGGAAGCUGUGGGAGACAGAGCUCAGCGAGUCCCAUGUCAUUGGAGCACCGGAGUACUGCCAUGCCAACUUCACAUGCUACUUCACCAAAGCAUUUUGGUCGGACUCGGUCUUGUCCAGGACAUUCGGGUCGAGGAGGCCGUGCUACUUCAACACCGGUGUCAUGGUCAUGGACCUCGUCAAGUGGAGGCGGGGGAAUUACACUGAGGUGCUGGAGAAUUGGAUGGAGAUUCAGAAGAGGAAGAGGAUAUAUGAACUCGGCUCGUUGCCUCCCUUCUUGUUAGUAUUUGCCGGGAACGUGGGGGCCAUCGACCACCGGUGGAACCAGCACGGCCUCGGAGGCGACAACGUGAGGGGCAGCUGCCGGUCCCUACACCCUGGCCCUGUCAGCCUGCUCCACUGGAGCGGGAAGGGUAAGCCCUGGGUCCGGCUGGACUCGAAGAAGCCGUGCCCGAUCGAUCGCUUGUGGCAGCCCUACGAUCUGUACAAGCCAGUGAAUACCGAUAAUCCGAGAUCGGUUUCUUCCUCCGAUGAUGCCAAGGAGAUAUUGAUGGAGUACGCCAGUUAUAAUUUGCUGUACUCAUAAUUCGUUAAUUAUAAUUGGAUUUAUUCUUUUUUUUGCUGAAUAGAGGUAUUAUUUAUUUGGGGAGAUUAAUAUUGGUUGAUUAUUCUUUGGUGGGUCUUGUACAGGUUGGAUGUUAGAAUAAUUUCUUUGCCACAUUAAUUAAUGAACGAUGGGCGGAUGAUUUUUUUUUAAUAUGUAGAUUUAUUAAUUAA